AAUUCGAGUAAGUGUGCUCGUGUUGCGACAUGCUGUUUGUCAGAUGCUGGGGUACAUUAUUCACUUUCUCCAGACCACAUGAUCGUUGUCGUCGACUGGUGUGCUGAUGUCGCUUAGAUGGGCAUGGCAGAAUCCACAGACGACUCGCCAUAUCACGGCAGACUCACGGAUCACGCAGGCCAACAUGACUUCACGUAUAUCACCCAAAACAGGCAAGAUCCGAACGCGAUCGAAACGUCCUCGUCUGUCGUUGACGGAACGCCUGCGAAACUUGCACCUACUCCUUCGAGCGAGAAGUUUUCGGCAGUGGCCGCUCCAGCUCACUUUCUAUUGCGAAGACGUGCAUCGAGUGUGGAUGAAACUCGCGGAGCAGAUCACAGAGAGAUUACCGUCUGGCUUCAUUGUCACUAUGGACGAAGCUUCUCGUGCUACUAAGCCUCGCAAACAGCCCGCCGAGGAUGUCGUCCCUGCUGACAGCAUAGGCAUUCAGGCACUGGACGUGGGCUACACGAGUCUGAAGCAGCAUUUGCGGAAGAGUCAAGAACUGUUCGGCGCCGACGCUCCCACAUUGCAAUGCUGUGUCUGUCAAUCAGAGGUUCCGUCAAGCGGCGCUUCGACAUUAGUGUGCUCAAACGAUGACUGCUCGGCGGUUUCGCAUCUGCAGUGUCUAGCAACCAAAUUCCAGUCCGAGACUGAGCUCAGCAAUGAUCUUGUCGUGCGCUCGACGGGACGCUGUCCUACUUGUUCUUCUGAGCUGCAGUGGGUGAACUUGGCCAAAGAGCUGAGCCUACGAAUGCGUGGUGAAAGAGAAAUCAAAGAAAUAUUCAAAACGAAGCGAGUCAGGAAAGGCACUGUCACUGAAGCCGUGCAAGAUCAUGAUGCAGAUUCAUCUGGCGAGGAGGGUGCCCUGCCAGACAUUAUUCCAGAGGAUUAUGACUGGCCUCAGAUCGAUGACAGCAGUGAAGAAGAGGUCGCACCCGUGCGGCGGCUGACCAAGGGAGUCCCUGCACCAAAACGCACGCCGCGGAAACCCUCGAAGCAGAUUCGAACGACUUGCUCCGAGCCAGUGAUUGAAGAUAGCGAGUGGGACGAAGCAGAGAUAUUGACCUGAACGAGUCCCAACAGCAGACAGAAAAAUGACAGAUUCACUUCUCUCAAGGGAUGACAACGGGC